CGAAACCAACGGCGGGUGUUAAUGUUAUUGUAUAAUGACUAUGAUCCCACAAGUUCCCGACGAAAUUUUCGGAUCCUCGCGCGCGUGCAAUACACACACAAAUAAAUAAUCUCUUUUGCAGUUUCGAUGAUACAACAGCAAUCCUCUCCAUCGAAUCAUCGUGAUAAUUUUCUGAUCAAGACAUCGAACCAGCGAUAAUCCCCUUCUCCGUUAAACAUGUCUGGGUAUCCAAACACGCCCCCUGGGUACGGAUACGGGUACAGUGCUCCUCCGACGGCGAACCCGUAUGGCGGACCUCCGACUUCCAACCCUUACGGCGCACCGCCUCCUGCUCAACACUACUCUGCCAACCCGUACGGUGGGCCUCCGCCAUCGCAUGUACAGAGCACCCCUUAUGACCAGUACUCUGCCAGUGCCCCUUAUUCGUCAUCUUCUGGACAGAUUAAACCCCCCAAGGAUUAUUCUCAUUCCUAUGGUCGCGGUUACCAGCCAUCGGCCACGCCACCGUAUGGGAGUCCCUUCGCGUCACUGGUGCCGUCGGUGUUCCCUCCGGGUACGGAUCCCAAUGUCAUCGCGUGCUUCCAAUUGGCGGACCAGGACGGCAGUGGGUUGAUCGAUGACAAGGAAAUGCAGAGGGCGCUUUCUUCGUAUAACCAGAGCUUCAGCCUGAGGACUGUUCAUCUUCUCAUGCAUCAUUUUACCAACACUAACACCAAGAAGAUUGGACCCAAGGAAUUUACGGCUUUAUUUUACAGUCUGCAGAACUGGAGGGGCAUUUUUGAGAGAUUUGAUAUGGACAGGAGUGGCAGAAUUGAUUUGCCUGAGUUACGAGAUGCUCUGUUGAGUUUGGGGUUUGCAGUUUCACCUGCGGUAUUGGACUUGCUUGUCUCCAAGUUUGACAAAACUGGUGGGAAAAGCAAGGCUAUAGAAUAUGACAACUUCAUUGAGUGUUGUCUCACUGUCAAGGGUCUAAGCGAGAAAUUUAAGGAGAAGGAUACAUCUUACUCUGGUUCUGCAACCUUCACGUACGAGUCAUUUAUGCUUACUGUUUUGCCUUUCCUUGUUGCAUGAGAAUCAUUUAUUGGAUGCUGUUAAUGUAUGGUCUUGCUGUAGUUUGGGAGCUUUCUAGCUUUUUGUACUAUACUGUUGUAUAUCUAGCUUCAGUAGUUCAGUGUGGGAUUUUUGCAGCUUGGUGACAAAGGAUCGCUACACUGUUUUGUCAAGUCAAUUUUUUUUUU